UCACAGGGUAUCUGUUUCUCAACUCUCACGGUAUUAUGUCUAAAUCUCGCGGUGACGUCACAGGGUCACGUGGGUUGGCGUGGGUCACGUGGGUCGGCGCAACCAACCGAGGUUUAGUAUUGAGCCGCUGCAGUUCAGUCUCAGAGAGGGAGCAGUGGGGAAGCUGCAUGAGAGACGAGCUACAGGAGCCCCUUACCGUGUCGCAACUGCCGUGCCGAGACCGCGACGGCCGAACGUAUGUGUAGUGCGCAGCGGACGGCCGGAUCUUAUAGAUGGCGAGCUAAAGGAGCCACGGACUGACAGAUUGUCGAAUGAGUCGCAUCCCUCCUGCCAGGCUGGUAGGGGGCUCUUUGUAGCCCAGUAAAAGACUCUCACCCACUCGCUCAGCCCCUGCCCAACACACGCACACACAUCCUUCCCCUACACACUUUCCCACUCAUUUCCCCUGGACUCAAUUCCCCAACCCAGACGUGGGUUUACAUAAACUGUGGGGGGGGCAGCUGGGAUCAUCUUUUUGGUGUUCAUAAUGAACCAAGCGUAUGGGUUUUUGCUUAUUUCUGACUCUGACUUUGUUAUCUGUUGAUGAAUUUGAAUCGUGAAUAUCUGAAUGUGCAUAUAUGCAAAUGAUUGAAAAAAGUUAACUUACCGUGAUUCUUUAAUUGUCUGCCUUUAGCAGAUCGGCCGGUUCACUGUACAUAAUAUCACUUUAUUGUUGUGGGUUUUUCAUUGCACUUUUUGCUAUAUAAAAAUACAUAGUAUCAUUCAACCAGCAACCUCAGUCUCUGUCUGCUCCCUCCUUUGGUCGUACCUUAGUCUUCUGAUCACUAGCCUAUUGUUGUAUUUUAUUGUUACACAUUAGCUUCAGUGUUAAAUUUGUGUGACAUAGGUGCUACAUAAUUUGUGGCGAGCUAGCCAGGAGGGAGUACAGAGCUGAGCAAAUAACAAUAGUAAAGUUGACAUUAAUUGCAAAUAUGGACAUUUUGGAAACAAAGGGCAUAAAAAUUCCGAAUUCUGUUUUAAUUAAACAUGUAACCGGUGACCGCACAGACGAUGAGGUUGUUGCAUUCGUAAGUCGGUACGGCAACCCCUCUAAUAUCGUGGCUAUAACUGAGCCUGGCGUUUUCCAGAACAUGAUUAUUGUCGAAUUUGAGUCGGGAAAUGCUUUGUGUGAACUGCGGAAAAUUUUGCCGUACACGUACAGUUGUGAAAAAGAAAAAGUGACUUAUGAUAUUUUAGAACUCGCCAGCAUUUGCGCAGAUUCUUUUGGGGAGUUAAAAACAAGGGAAUACCUGGGCGAAUUAAAACAGUUGGCUAAACUCACAGGGCGGGACUACGCUGAGGUUCUGACGGGGUUAAUGUCUCUACUGGGCCAGUCCAUCACCGAGCAAAGCCCCACUCAUCCAGACUCCAGAAAGGAGGUGAUGCCAACUGUUCCCAGUACAGCUGCACAGUCGUCCAACGCUGCCAGCCCCAACCCGCCUCAAGGUGCUACGGUUAUGGUACACAAUUCCAGCGAUGAGUUGCCACACAUUCCUGCCACCUCGAGUGCUCGGGGAGCUGCAGGACCUUCAUUCCCCACAAUGCCCCUCCCUGAUCUAAAUCCACCGGGAAUACAGCGGUAUGUAGUCGAACAUAUUGUGAAAAGUGAUGACCAUGCAACUCACCUGUCUGCCCAGAGGCUCCGAUCAUUUUCGGGUCGUGCUCCAAGACCACAGAAUGAAUCAGACUACGAAGCCUGGCGAUCUGGGGUGGACCUCCUGUUGAAAGAUCCUGCCGUCUCCGACCUGCAACGCUCCAGGAGAAUACUUGAGAGCUUACUGCCACCAGCAGCGGAUAUGGUAAGGCAUCUCACGCCGGACACACCACCCAUGGUUUACCUCCAGAUUCUCGAUUCAGCCUAUGGAACAGUCCAGGAUGGUGACGAGCUGUACGCCAAAUUUAUGGAGCUGUUUCAGGACGCUGGUGAAAAUCCAUCUGCAUAUUUGCACAGACUGCAGGUUGCACUAACUUUGGCGGUGAAAAGGGGAGGAGUCCCAGCUACCGAACUGGAUCGGCAUCUGUUGAACCAAUUUUGCCGUGGCUGCUGGGACAACACGCUCAUAUCGGAGCUCCAGCUCAAACAGCGCAAGUCUCGUCCUCCAUCGUUUGCUGAGCUGCUGCUGCUGCUGAGGACGGAAGAGGAUCGUGGGGCGGCAAAGGUUCAGCGUAUGAAGCAGCACCUCGGCUCAAAAGCCAGAGCCGGGGCGCACGCCCAGUACGCCUCUGCAGCCCCAGAAGAGGAUAGAGUGGAAGUGCUGACUACCAUCACCCAGCAGCUCACCCAGCAGCUUGCCGACAUUCAAAAGCAGCUGGCGGCCCUUACUGCUCAGUCCAACCGAAAGCAGCCUACCUCACCCAAUUCCACCCAUGUCAGUCGGCUCAGUGAGAGUAUGAGGACCACCAAGGCUCCACCCCGUCCCUCUUACAAGACCCCGCCCUCAGGGCCAAAGCCAGGUUAUUGUUACAAUUGUGGAGAAGAUGGACACAUACGACCCAAUUGUGAUAAUGAUCUGAACCCGUCACUUGUGGCUAUGAAGAAAAAACAGUUCGCUGAGAGGCAGAAGAAGUGGUCACGAUCAAGUCCUCACAGUGCCUCGUCUUUAAACUAAAUCAGGUUCCUGUUGAGGGGCAAACAGGAACUGGGGAGGACCAACAACGUCCCAUCAUGCAGAAACCAGUGAGGUGCAGAGAUCAAGCACAGUUCGCGUCCCCCGAGGUUAUGCACCUGCCACGGGGGUUGAUCGGGUCCAGAUGCACUGGCCAGGUGAGCAUA